AUGAUAGAUCCCAACAUGUUAAUGUAUGGAAGAAGGUGGUUCACCCCUCUGUUUAAGCCAUUUAUUUGCUCUAUUCAUUUAGUGGAUAUUGUGGUCCUCUUUAUUCCUGACAUUGGUUUAGUUCCUGGGGGUGUGAAGAGUGGGAAGGAAAAUGAAAGAAACAGGAACACAAAUAGGUUAAUUUUUGAAGGCAUAAAUUCUUGCAUUAACCAUUCAGCCAUUAUAACAAGAAUCUUGCUUCCAAUAUAUUUCUAUUUCCUACUCAAAAUGCCUUGUCCACAUUAUUUUCUCAAGUUGUUUCUGUGUUUGAAAUUGUUAAGGGUUGUGGAAGACUAUUUCAACUGUGCUGUGUUGUAUUUGAGAGAAAAGACCUGUCCUGAGGUCACAGGAAACAGCAAGUACAAGUGUCUCUUGAGACAAAAGUUGGCAUAA